AUGCAAUUAACAUCCAUUAUUACUGUAGCCAUCAACAAAGCUAUUAAUUCCCAAGUGCAUCCAGUCAAAGAAAAACAUGUGAGGAGUGCCAUUUUAGGCACAUUCCAUGAAAAUGGUGCUGGUGUUUUCUGGGCAACCACAUCUAAACUCCCUCUUCAAGGAAACGCUAUUGUAUGCUGGAAAUUUCUGCAUGUACUGCACAAGCUACUUCGGGAAGGACACGCAAAUGUGAUUCUGGAUUCACAAAAGUAUAUUUCACUUCUGAGGGACAUUGGAAAAUUAUGGGGCCAUUUGAAGGACGGCUAUGGAAGGCUGAUAGCUGCCUAUACAAAGCUGUUGAUUCAGAAACUGUCAUUUCACAAAAAGAAUCCCCGAAUCCCUGGCAGCUUGACCAUGACAGAUGAACAGUUCAAUAAAAUCUUUGGAGUGGAUGUAAAUAACUAUUUUGAAGUUUCAUGUGACAUGCUUGAUUACCUUGAUGAAAUCCUUGCCUUGCAAGAGACUGUGUUUGGAUCAUUAGACAUGUCUCGUUCCAAUUCAAUGACAAAUUCUGGUCAAUGCCGGCUUGCUCCUCUUAUCCCAUGCAUUCUUGAUUCAUGUCAACUCUACGAUUAUUUGGUAAAAUCUCUGUUUAAAUUGCAUUCUAGUCUUCCACCUGAUACUCUGUCUGGUCACAGAGAUCGCUUUCUGUCUGGAUACCAACGAUUGAAACUGUUUUACCAUCAAAGUGGAAAUCUUCAAUAUUUCAAAAAUUUAGUCCAAGUCCCCUUGUUACCUGAUGAUCCUCCAAACUUCUUGAUAGCGUCAGAUUUGAGUAAACAUGUGAAGCCAGUUGCUGUGGUUCCUGUUGAACCAGAACCAGAGGCAGAAGCGGAGACCCCUGAGGCCGAUGGUAUUGGCUUUCUAAUCGAUACGUCCUCACCGGUCCACGAGUCACAUGACAAAUUUGAUGAAACUUUCGGUCAGGAAAGUAUGGAUACUUUUAACUUCAAUGGACAACCUGAAGUCGAUGAACGAGAUGUACUUAUUGAGCGGCUCACAAAAGAAAUACAACAAUUGCGGGAAGAAAUUGAACAGGUCAAGUUAGAGGCUCAGCAGGAAGUUCAUCUCCUUCAAGAAGAAAGAGAUCAACUUAAAAAGAUAUUAUCAGAAUUGCAAUUAGCUGUUGAUAAUACAUUGAAGUUAUAUGUGCGUGGUGUUCAUUUGUAUCUUGGAGCAGCAGCACAUCUAAGUAUACGGUGUCUGUUAAGGAAAGUUAACAUAGGCAAAAAGUUAGAUAAAUCUAAUGAAAUUUUUAAAAUUUUUGCUGUCAAAUCUUGUUAA